CCACCGCUCCCACAGUGCUGCAUCGCAAGCCGCGCGUGCGUGCGUGUGCGCGUGUCCUUGUGUGUGCGCUUCGUUGGUGUCCCCUAGGUGCAGGUGACGCGAGCGGCUCUGCUCGUGCUCCUCCUCGUCACGGUGGCGCACGCGCAGUCGGGGGACGACGUCAACUGCGACCCGACACUCUACAACCGCAUGCCGCUGGCGACGGACAUGGUGGUGUCCUGCGGUGCGCAGACCAUCUCCCUGACCAUCAAUUUCUGCCCGGUGCUGUACGCGGGCUACACGCUGCACGACCUGGCGCUCAACGGGCGCCACUCGGAGCUGAGGUGCCGCGGGCGGCUUCGCAACGAGACGGCACCGGCGUCGCUCCUCUUCCACAUCCCGCUCAGCGCGCUCGAGUCGUGCGGCAGCACCCUCACCAUCGUGUCGGUGUCCGGCUCCAACGGGGAGAGCAACCUGGUGGCCGUGCAGAGCGGCAACGUGUCUGGCUACAUCGACACACCCGACCCGCCCUCCGUCAUCAGCUACCUGCCCGACCUGCUCUACCGCUACACCUGCCUCUACCCGCUGCAGUACAUCGUGAACAACUCGCAGCUCUCCUCUGCGUCGGCGGUGAUCUCGUACCGUGACAGCAACGGCACCUUCAUCAGCACCCUGCACAUGCUGCUCUACAACGACUCGAGUUACUCAGAGCUUCUGCACAUACCCAGCCGGGGCCUGGAGCUGAAGACGCGCAUCUACGCGGCUGUGAGAGCCAAGAACCUAGAUGAGAGGUGGCACGUGCUGCUCGACUACUGCUACGCGACUCCCUCCGGCAACCCAAGCGACAUCACCCGCUACGACCUCUUCCUCAGCUGCAAGCGCGACCCACAGACGACGAUCAUCGAGAACGCGCGCAGCCAAAUGUCCAAGUUCUCAUUCGAGGUGUUCCGCUUCGUGCGCCACAAGCACCAGCACCUCUCCACCAUCUUCCUGCACUGCAACACGCGCCUCUGCCGCGAGGUCGACUGCCCCUCGUUCGGGCCGAGUAACUGCCCGAGCUCGCGCUGGAGGAGGGUGGCCCCGCGUGCACAGAACCCCCCCGAGGGGGGAGGCAACAACAGGGACAUCGCGACGCUGAGCGCGGGGCCCAUCGUGACGCGCAACGACGAGCUCGACCUGAAGGACGCCCUCCAGAUACCAGGAGACCGCCACACCUUGGGGGGCCCCGCGCUCGACGGGCUCGCAGGGGGCCUGCUGGGCGCGCUGCUCUUCGUGGGGGUCCUCUGCCUUGGCCUCAUCCUGCUCGCCGCCUUCCUCCUGGUGCGCGUGCGGCGCCCCCUCCUCGCUCGGCGGCCUGCCGGGGGCACCCCCAACCCUGCAUUCAACUAA